AUGUUGUGCUGCGCAGUGUUGCACUGGCUUUCGCGCUAUGGGCCGGCUGAAUUGGCUCAAGUCGCUUGGGCCGGCAGAUGGCCAGGUCUUCGCGUGGCCAUGCCAGUCCUCCAAGGUGGCGAUUGGUACUAUGUCGAUGGGGAGAAGCCCAGCCCUUUGAAGGAACCCGAGCAAAAGGCAGAGAACAAGCCCGGACAUCGACCAAUCAGCUCAUAUCAAUUGCCCAAAUGGGUCUACCAUCCUGAGCGAGUGAAUCGAAGGAUUGUGAUCAACAAGGAGGACUAUUUUGGAAUGGCGGCCGAUGGUCUUCGAAACUUCGACCUUUGGAACGUGGCUCAUGUGGUGGGGAAUGACUCCAAUGCACAUGACUGGAUUGGGCCAACAUCCUUAUGGCCUUGUGGAUGUUUUGUCCCUUUCCUGGCAAUCAUUGCGUAUUUGCUGAUGGUUCUGGUGCUUCUUCUUUUCACCACUUUGAGCUUGAUCGCAGGGCUCUUCUUCGCACUCCCACUCUCCUGUGGAUGCUGCCACCUCUACUCUUGGAAGUGUAGCCGCGCUUGGAACACAGAUGUUUAUCAGAAACUCAUUUACUUCUUCUACUACUUCCAGCAUCGUGGGAUCAAAGACCCCAAAGCCUCCGCAGAAUUCAUGCCUGUGGAGGGUAUGGCCCCUCGUCGGGUGCUGGAGAAACAAUACUUGGAUUAUGGCCUCAAUAUCCAAGUGCCCAAGGGUGCGGAAGAUCAGUUUUUGGAGCAGUACCUUUCUCCAAAGCUCCUGGAGAACUUCAUUGAAGAUCGGAUGCAUUGGCUGCCAAGACAUGAGCACUGGAAUGAAUUUGGGCCAGACGAGAAUCCGGUCGAUUUUGUGAUGAACCAGCUUUCAGCUGUUUAUCCACAUGUCUACCAGGAGUGGUUAGACAAGCACAGCGAUGAGGCUUUAACCCGCUUCUGCCUCUAUGGACUCGGAGCACAUCGUGUGGAGGUGGAAGUCGUCGAUGGCAAGAAGCACUUCGUGGUGAGGACCAAUGCCUUAUCCGGAUUGCCGGUGCGUCAUGGAUUCGAAAGAUAUGGAGGUGAUGCAUACUUUAGCGAGGAUUGGCGUCCUGUGAUGAUUGUUGACCAAGGCCGUGGCGAUUUGGUGGAAGACUUUCACCAGAAACAGUUCAUCGCUCGACCAGGAGAUGAAGAGUGGGAACGAACUAAGUUUCGCUUUCGCUCCUCCUUAUUCUCCUUGGUGACCAUGGUGGAUCACCUAUACUUUGUUCAUUUGCAAUUGGCCAACUUGUUCGUCACAUCUUUGCGUGAGCAGAUGUCGGAAUCCCAUCCAAUCCGACGCUUCAUGACACCCUUUACCUACCAGACCAUCUCCAUCAAUGACAAUGCGGCACACAACCUUGUAGCACCUCGAACGAUGGGGCCACGUUGCUUUGCACUGACUGACAAGGGCUUCGAGCUGGCUUUCUCCGCAGCACCAUCUCUUCAAGUUUGGGGAUAUGAAGUGCCAAAAUCACAAGGUGGGCCGUGCUUGCACCUCAAAGACUACUUCGCCUACAAGAAGAGCACAGGGGUGGAUACAGAGUACUUUCGUCAAGCUUCUCAGCUCUAUGACAUAUUUUGCAAAUUUGUCACCUCCUACCUUGAGUGCUACUAUGCCAAAAAGGAAGAUCUUGUUCAAGAUCAAGAACUUGUUGCAAUGGCCCAGCACUACUUUGCUCGAUAUGAGGCAGUUUCUGCACAUGCAUUGGGAAGGAUUCGAAUGCCUUGGAUUCAAGCACCCAACAAUGAUGAGGAUGUAUGUGCAGCUUAUGACUUCUACGUGAAUUGGCUCGCAAGUCUUGUGUGGAUGGUCACAGCAGGGCAUGAACAAAUGGGUGCUGUUGAAGUUUAUGCUCAAGAUGCUUCAUGGACGGCCUUCAAGUGGACACAUGGAUCGGCGUGUGGAACCAAGCAGACGGCGACUGCUCAGGCCUUGUUGAUGUCAUUCACAUCAACUCCGAUGCCGAAACUCAUGGGAGAGGAUUGGUCCCAUCUUUUCCCAAAAACAGCUGUCUUGGCAAGUCCAGAGAAGAGCCCAGAAAGUGCUUACAAGACCUUUCAGCAGGAGUUGGCCACAAUGGCUGAUCAGUGUGACAGAUUCAAUGCAAAUGCAAGAACCAGAACCUUUCCUGAAUGUUUCCCGAUGUACACCAACAACCCUCGUGUGCUAGAAAGUGCUGUCAGUGUGUGA